AAUGCUUUGAUAACACAUCGUGCCGUCUCGUACGAUGAACUUUGAUUACAAAUUCAUUUCAACAUUGACAACGAAUUACUUUUUAUGAAUGUUACCACAAUGUUAACUCGAAGUAUCUUGAGUGCACGUACUUUCGCCGGCAUAGUGAAUAUUGAAGCACGUUUAUAUCGUACUAAAAGUAUCACGUUUUGCCGACCGACGCGACGUCUGUAUACAGUAAAUGCACAAUGCUCCAAUGUUGGUGAAAUUAUCAAACAAUGGAGCCAGCGGUUUGAAAACGAAGGUGUUCCAGAACCCGUCGAAUCGAUCGAAUACAUCGUCGCACAUGUUUUAGGUAUUAAAAAGCCUGUAAAUCUUACAUUUGCAAAACAUGAGGAACUUACCUUAGAUCAAUGUAAUAAAUUGGAGACAUUGUGCGAAUGCAGGUUGUCUAGAAUGCCAGUUCAGUACAUAAUUGGGGAAUGGGACUUUCGAGAUAUUACAUUAAAAUUAGUCCCACCAAUUUUUAUCCCUCGACCAGAAACUGAGAUACUAGUCGAUUUUGUAUUAAAGAGGAUAGGUGCUUCACAAAACAGUAGACAGGAGGUUCUAGAAGUUGGAUGUGGUUCUGGAGCAAUAUCUCUUGCAAUAGCACAUGCUAAUAAAACUGUAAAUUGUGUAGCAAUAGACACAAACCGACAAGCUUGUGAAUUAUGUAUGGAAAAUCGAGAUGCACUAGACUUAAAAAACCAGGUUCAUAUUGUACAUGCAACUGUUACAGACAAUGGAACAGUUCAACUUUCAGACAUAUUAAGUGGAUCUGAGAACCUUGAUUUAAAUUCAAAGACUUUUGAUUUUAUAGUUAGCAAUCCUCCAUAUAUAUGUACUCAUCAGAUACCUGCAUUAGAACCUGAAAUUAAAAUUUAUGAAGAUUUAAGAGCAAUUAAUGGAGGAGAUGAUGGUUUAAAAGUUAUUAAGCCUUUAUUAAAAUAUGCUGCUGCAGCUUUAAAGCCUGGAGGACGUUUAUUCUUAGAAGUUGAUGCAAGUCAUCCAGAGUACAUAAAAUUUUUUACUGAAAAGUACCCUAAUUUCAAGUUGCAGUACGAACACACGUACAAAGAUUUUUGUAAUUUUCAUCGAUUUGUUGAAGUAUUAAAAAUAGCUUAAAAUU